UUAAGCAAAAUUCCAGUUGUGUUUCAACAACAAACUACUUUUUCCCACUUAAACAAAAAAAAAAACAAAAAAAAUAUAUAAAAAUAAAAACUUCCUCCUCUCAAUUUAUCGAGGUCGAAUCUUCCUCCGCCGCCCAACUUUCCCAUCUCGCACCAAAAUUCCCCCAAUUUCCACCAACAAUGCCGCUAAAAACACCGGCGGGUUACGGCGGCACCACCGUCACCGCCGCCCAAAUCGACCCGCAAACCUCCAAAUACCUCACCCUUACCUCCCGCCCUGUACCCCAGACCUCCUCCCAACCCCUGUACCCAACUCUCAACUCCCAAACCGUGUACCCGACGAGUCGCCCAUGGCCCGAGAUCUUCUCCCUCACCUCCUUCUCCGUACCCUACAACUACGCCGACGCAAUUGCACGAAUCAAGCGCAACACCGCCUACUUCCGCGUCAACUACGUCAUGGCGACGCUCUUCAUCGUCUUCUGCAGCCUCCUCUGGCACCCGAUCUCUAUGAUCGUCUUCCUCAUCGUCCUCGUCGCCUGGCUCGCCCUCUACUUCUUCCGCACCACCCCCGUUGUUCUGUUCAAUCAGAGCUUCGACGACAGGGUCGUCGCCGUCGUGCUGGGAUUGGUCACUGUCGUGGCGCUGGUAUUCACUCACGUGGGUUUAAACGUGCUGGUGGCACUGAUCGUCGCCGUCGUGGUUAUUGGGCUCCACGCGGCGUUUCGCGUGACGGAAGACUUGUUUCUCGACGAGGAGACCGCCGCGGAAAAUGGGUUGGUCUCGGUUGUUUCUAGCCAGCAGACCCUCCCCCCGCCGACUUCUUACACCCGGAUUUGAGUUGGACCCGGUAAAAUCGGGUUUUCGGGAUAAUUCGGAUUUACAGUUUACUGAGGGGGUUGGAUAUUUUUUACCUGGAAAAUUGGAAUUUUUUGGUUUUUGGAGGGCUGUGAUGCAAAUUGUAGAGAGAAAAUGUAGCGAUUGCAGUGGCAAAGGUGUUUGAUUGUUUGUGUUUUUUGUUUUUGAUGUCAAAUGGUUGGUAAAGUUUCGUCAUCACUACUUCUGUAACAGUUUGUGGUGUAUUUUCUAGUAUAUUCGGUGUAUAUUAUACUUCGUGAAUGCUUCGGAGCAACAUAAAAUUGUCGUUCGAAUUCUUGUUCUGUUAAAUAUAAAAAUAUUAUGACGAUUAUGUUUUAUUACGA